AGUGUUGUUUGCCCUAAUGGACUAAUUGCUAACUUGUAUGGCCCUGUAGCAGGAAAACAUCAUGAUGCCUUUAUGCUCCAUGAAAGUAAUUUACUGCAGAAGCUAGAAGAGAAAUUUAGACCACCCCACGUAUUUGCCUUGUAUGGGGAUCCAGCUUACCCUCUCCGCAUGCAUAUACUUGCACCAUACAGAGGAGUAGUAGUUACAAGAGACCAGCAAUUGUUCAACAAGAGAAUGAGUAAAGUGCGUGUGUCAGUCGAAUGGGCAUUUGGCAAAGUGGUGCAAUACUUUGCAUUUCUUGAUUUUAGGAAGAAUCUUAAAGUGCUUCUACAGCCAAUUGGAAAGUACUAUGCUGUUGGUGUAAUUCUAGCCAACUGUCAUACUUGUCUUUAUGGCAGUACAACAUCAAGCUUUUUUAAUCUCCCUCCCCCUGAUCUUCAGACAUAUUUACAUAACUAG